AUUUCUCUCUGAUCUCUCUCUCCGUAUCUCGGCCAUCACCGCCACCAUCGAAGCCACCGCAUCCCGCCGACGCAGCCACCGUAAACUGCUCUUCAAGCCGUGUUCUUCCUCAUGCAAAAUAUGAUUUAAGCACUGCAGCGGCAUAAUGGCCUCUAAAGGAAUCAAGUCUAAGUUUGAGAAUGAGACAAAAGCUAGGCGUCAAAAGGCUCUGGAAGCACAUAGGGAGCCCCAACGUCCUAAAUCACACUGGGAUCAUGUUUUAGAGGAAAUGGUUUGGUUAUCAAAGGACUUCGAGUCAGAGAGGAAAUGGAAACUGGCUCAGGCAAAGAAGGUUGCUUUAAGAGCCAGUAAGGGCAUGUUGGAUCAGGCCACCAGGGGAGAAAAGAAGUUGAAGGAGGAGGAACAACGGUUACGGAAAGUUGCAUUUAAUAUUUCUAAGGACGUGAAGAAAUUUUGGAUGAAAAUAGAGAAACUGGUUCUUUACAAACAUCAGAUGGAGCUUGAUGAGAAAAAGAAAAAGACACUGGAUAAACAACUUGAGUUUCUUUUAGGGCAAACUGAGAGGUACUCAACAAUGUUAGCAGAAAAUUUAGUGGACCCGUCCAAACCUAUGCAACAGCAUCCUGCUCAAAAUCAAAUAAACUCUCCUGGUAAAGCAGAUAUGAAUGAGACUGGUGAACCCUUGGACUUGAAUACAGAUGCUGAUGAAGAUUUUGAUGUGCACUCUGAACAAGAAUCAGAAGAUGAUGAGCAAACACUAGAGGAAGAUGAGGCUCUUAUUACUGCUGAAGAAAGGCAAGAAGAAUUGGCAGCUUUGCACAGUGAAAUAGAUCUUCCACUUGAGGAGCUCCUCAGGCGUUAUGCUGUGGAAACAGCCGAUGGAGAAGGUAGUCCAGAAAAGAGGGAGGAUGGAAAUGAGUCAGUAUCAGUGAAUGAUGAUAGUAGCAAUGAAAACCUUGUUUCUGCUUACAGUAAAGUUGAGACAACUGAUUUUCUUGUUCGUCGUUCUAAUGAAAGCAAUGGUGUCUUGUCCAAGUCAGAAAACUACUCACCAGAUAUUGAGGCAUCUUCACCCAGAAAUCUGUCAGAAAGCUCUGGGGAGCUACUUAAAGAUGGACCAUAUGAUUUCAGUGACGAACAGGAGGAUGGUGAUUUUACCCUUGCUGGAGAAGAGACAGUACAUCAUAUGGAUGAUGAGACAACACUAUCAGAGGAGGAGGAACUAGCAAAAGCAGAUUUUAGCGAUCCUAUGGAUGAGAUUGUCUUACUGCAGAAGGAGAGUGAAAUUCCUGUGGAAGAAUUGCUUCGAAUUUAUAAAAAGGACAUCAGUGCUGGUGGUGUGUCUGGAGAUGAAUCAGAUUAUGCCUCAUCUUUAUCAGAGGACCGCUUGGAUUCACCUACACAUCAAAAUGUUGAAGCAAGGAAGGAGGGUAUUUCUAAGGGUAAAAAUCUUGAAUCCAGUGCUCCCCUGGGAGUUGUGGAACCUCCUGCAGAGGAGGCAGCAAGCCCUGAUAGAAAGUCAGAAGACGGAAAGGAAAGUGAGGAUAGAAUUGCUGAUGCUGCUGCUGCUGCAAGAUCAGCACAACCAACUGGCAAUACAUUCUCAACCACUAAUGUUCGUACAAAGUUCCCUUUUCUUCUCAAACACCCCCUUCGUGAAUAUCAGCAUAUUGGCUUGGACUGGCUUGUUACUAUGUAUGAGAAAAGGUUAAAUGGAAUUCUAGCUGAUGAAAUGGGGCUUGGAAAGACAAUCAUGACAAUUGCUCUUCUUGCACACUUGGCUUGUGAAAAGGGAAUAUGGGGUCCUCAUCUAAUUGUGGUUCCUACAAGUGUUAUGCUCAACUGGGAAACUGAGUUUCUUAGAUGGUGUCCUGCCUUCAAAAUCCUGACAUACUUUGGAAGUGCCAAAGAGCGCAAAUUGAAGAGGCAAGGUUGGUUGAAACCAAAUUCAUUUCAUGUAUGCAUAACUACUUACAGACUUGUCAUACAAGAUUCUAAGGUCUUCAAGCGAAAGAAGUGGAAAUACUUAAUCUUGGAUGAAGCUCAUCUUAUUAAAAACUGGAAGUCACAAAGAUGGCAAACUCUUUUGAACUUCAAUUCAAAACGGAGGAUCUUGUUGACUGGUACACCACUUCAGAAUGAUCUCAUGGAACUAUGGUCACUAAUGCAUUUCCUAAUGCCCCACAUUUUUCAGUCUCAUCAAGAAUUCAAAGAUUGGUUCUGUAAUCCUAUAUCAGGUAUGAUAGAAGGACAAGAAAAAGUAAACAAAGAGGUUGUUGACCGUUUGCAUAAUGUUCUACGUCCAUUUAUACUGCGUCGAUUGAAAAGGGAUGUCGAAAAGCAGCUUCCAUUGAAACAUGAGCAUGUCAUAUACUGUAGACUUUCAAGAAGGCAGCGUAACUUGUAUGAAGAUUUCAUUGCCAGCUCAGAGACACAAGCCACACUUGCUAGUGCCAAUUUUUUUGGGAUGAUCAGUGUGAUCAUGCAACUUCGAAAAGUCUGUAAUCAUCCUGACUUAUUUGAGGGACGACCAAUUGUGAGUUCUUUUGAUAUGGGUGGUAUUAAUAUCCAGUUGAGUAGUUCUAUUUGUUCAAUUUUUUCACCUGGUCCAUUUUCAACUGUAGAUCUUAAGGGUUUGGGAAUUUUAUUUACUGAUCUCAAUUUUAGCAUGACAUCUUGGGAGGGUGAUGAAGUAGAAAGACUGGUUACUCCAAAAAGUUUAAUAGAAGAACGUUUUGAUCAGGAUAAUCUUGAGGAAAUUAGACCCUUGUCUAGACAUAAGGAUAACUUGCAAGGGACCAAUAUAUUUGAAGAGAUUAGGAAGGCUUUAAGAGAAGAGAGGCUAAGAGAAGCAAAAGAACGAGCAACAUCAAUUGCUUGGUGGAAUUCUUUGAGAUGCAGGAAGAAACCAAUUUUCCCGACAACAUUACGUGAACUGCUAACUGUGAAACACCCUGCAUUUGAUAUUCACCGACAAAAAGCAGACAGCCGAUCCUAUUUGUACUCCUCUAAGCUUUCUGAGAUUAUUCUUUCUUCAGUUGAACGCUUCCAGACAAUGGUCCAUCUGGUUGAGUCCUUCGUGUUUGCAAUCCCAGCAGCACGGUCCCCAACUCCUGUUUGCUGGUGCAGCAAAAUGGGAACUUCUGUGUUUCUGCAUCCAACUUAUAUAGAACAAUGUGCUGAAAAUUUGUUUUCUCUCUUAGCACCUAUUAGACCUGCAAUAGUCCGGAGGCAGGUAUAUUUUCCUGACAAGCGAUUGAUACAGUUUGACUGUGGUAAGUUACAGGAGCUUGAGGUUUUGCUACGAAGACUGAAGUCUGAAGGUCAUCGGGCAUUAAUAUUUACCCAGAUGACCAAGAUGCUUGACAUAUUGGAGGCUUUCAUAAAUAUAUAUGGAUAUAAUUACAUGCGUCUGGAUGGGUCCACUCAACCUGAGGAGAGACAAACAUUAAUGCAACGUUUCAACACUAAUCCUAAAAUUUUUCUUUUCAUCUUAUCAACCCGUAGUGGAGGAGUAGGUAUUAACCUUGUUGGGGCGGAUACAGUUAUAUUUUAUGAUAGUGAUUGGAAUCCUGCCAUGGAUCAGCAAGCCCAAGAUCGUUGCCAUCGAAUAGGACAGACACGUGAAGUGCACAUAUAUCGUCUAAUCAGUGAGAGCACCAUUGAAGAAAACAUUUUGAAGAAAGCAAAUCAGAAGCGUGCCCUUGAUGAUCUAGUUAUACAGAGUGGAGGGUAUAAUACUGAAUUUUUCAAGAAGCUUGAUCCCAUGGAAUUGUUUUCGGGUCAUAGGACUCUUACAGUUAGGAGUCAGAAAGAGAAAAAUCACAGCAAUGGCACCAAGGACUCUGUUUCUAAUGCUGAUGUUGAAGCUGCUUUGAAAUAUGCAGAAGAUGAAGCAGAUUACAUGGCAUUAAAGAAAGUUGAACAGGAAGAGGCUGUUGACAACCAGGAGUUUACAGAGGAAGCCAUGAGCAAACUGGAAGAUGAUGAGUUUGCAAAUGAGGAUGACAUGAAGGCUGAUGAGUCAACUGAUCAAGCUGGAUUUAUGGUUACUUCAAAUAAAGAUAAUGGGCUGAUUUUGAAUGUCGGUGAUCCUAUUGAAGACAAAGCUCUUAUUCUUGCUAGCAAAGAAGAUGAUGUUGAUAUGUUGGCUGAUGUUAAGAAGAUGGCAGCUGCUGCUGCGGCAGGAGGACAAGCUAUCUCAUCGCUUGAGAACCAGUUAAGACCAAUUGAUCGAUAUGCAGUCCGCUUUCUGGAAUUAUGGGACCCCAUUAUUGACAAGGGAGCAAUGGAACCUGAAUUGAAGUUUGAAGAUGAAUGGGAACUUGAUCGAAUUGAGAAGUACAAGGAGGAAAUGGAAGCUGAGAUUGAUGAUGAUGAGGAACCUCUAGUGUAUGAGAAAUGGGAUGCUGAUUUUGCUACAGAAGCAUAUCGUCAACAAGUUGCUUUGGUUCAACAUCAGUUAAUGGAAGAACUAGAGCAUGAAGCCAAAGAGAAGGAAGAGGCAGAUGAAGCAAAAUUGGAUGCAAUGAAUGAAAUGACUAGUGAACCUAAGGCUAAAUCUAAGAAGAAGAAGCCAAAGAAAGCCAAGUUUAAGUCUCUCAAGAAGGGGUCUUUAAAUUCUGAAGCAAAACCUGCAAAACAGGGGGCAUUAACAGAACUUAUGUCCAUGGAUGAUGAUAUUGACUCGCCUGAAGAGCUCUCUUAUUCUGAUAUCAUGUCACCAUCAUCUAUGCAGAAAAAACGUAAGAAGGUCGAGAUAGUGCAUGAUAGUGAUGAAGCGAAGAGCUCAAAAAAGAAGCCCAAAAAGCAUAAAAAGCCUCUGGGGGAAUUGGAACCAAAUACAUCUCGUAAGAGGAAUGGUGAUUGUGCAGAGGUAAACCCAUGUGAGAGCAAUUCUGUUGAGCAUGAGCAGAAACCUGCCAGCAGGAGCAAAACGGGAGGCAAAUUUUCCAUUACAUCCAUGCCCAUGAAACGAGUCUUAAUUAUAAAACCAGAGAAAUUAAAGAACGCCAAUAUCUGGUCUAAAGAUUGUGUUCCAUCACCUGAUUCUUGGUUGGCACAGGAGGAUGCUAUUUUAUGUGCGGUAGUGCAUGAAUAUGGCUCAAAUUGGAAUUUGGUUAGUGACGCUCUCUAUAGCAUGACUGCUGGUGGCUUUUACAGGGGUAGAUAUCGUCAUCCAGUUCAUUGUUGUGAGAGGUUCAGGGAACUAAUUCAAAGACAUGUUUUGGCUGCACCAGACAGUUUGGGUAAUGAAAAGAUCAGCUAUGCAGGUUCUGGAAAAGCUCUUCUGAAAGUAACAGAGGAUAAUAUGCGAAUGCUGUUAAACUUUGCUGCUGCACAGCCAGAUCAUGAGUUACUUCUUCAAAAGCAUUUUACUGCCUUGCUUUCAUCUGUGUGGAGGGUGACACUUCGCCCUGAACAUCGACAAAAUGUUUUAUCACCUCGGAAUGGUGUUCGUUUAGGGGGAAGGCUUCUCAGUCCGUUUAUUGGCCACACACCUCAGCGUUCUUCACAGUAUAUGACACCAAGGAUGAAAUUUUCAAAUUUGCAUGAGUGUAGCAAGUUGUUAUCAGCUGCAUUUCAUGAUGCCAGCGAUAGACAGCGGAAUGAAGCAGUUUCUCUCUCUAAUAGAGAGGAUUCUCAGGCGAAUGAAGAAAGUUUAGAGAUAACAGUGGAAAUCGAGAGGGAGAGCAAUGAUUCUAUGAUUCCAUUCCCACCAGUAAUGAAUUUAUUAAUAUGUGGCCCUAAUCCUGUUACGUCUACAAACAAGACUAAUGGAGAAGACCCUCAUCUAAAAGCUUCAAAUGUUUUGGCUGAGAAUCGUUUCAGGGCAGCAACUAUGGCUGGUGUCGAAGGUGGUCUGCAUUGGGCUUCAGCUGCCUUUCCAGCUAAUGAUCCCAAGUCUCGGUCAGGACAAAAAUCGCAGUCCUUGGGGAAACACAAGCUGCCUGUAUCGGAUACAACCAGAUCUAAAUCAAAACUAAAGAAGGCUUCAAUGGAGCAUGGUGAUGUAUCCAACUUACAUGCGGAGCUAGUAUUUCAACAAGCAUGUAGAAUUGGACUCCAUAAUCCUAACUUAAGAAGUGAUCCAACAUUGGUGAAUAAUGACGGAAGCUGGGUUGAUGGCGUAGAUAGUAAUUUCUGUUCCAGCAUGGAUGAGGCUUUCGCAUCAGAAUUAGAGGGCUUCGAUGUGAUUCCACAUAAUUAUUCCCGUGGCUUUAUUUCAGGCCUUGAUGAUUGUUCAAUCCUACCGGACUAUACUGACAUCGGGUAGGGAUAAUCUGGUGGCGUCAAACUGCUUGACAUUCUUGGUUGAAGCUAUUAGUAGUUUUUGAGCAAAAGCCAGAUCCUCCAGCUAUUUUACUAUGAGGUCUUGCUCGGGAACUUUAGUUUUGGGUGGCACAUGAGAAGCAAGAGGCUAGGUUAGGCAUAUAAUAUAUCUUAGAAUUUAAUUUAAUUUUGUAAUUAAUGUUGAGCGGGGGAAUUUGUGCUAAUAUUUAUGUCCGUAUGGGCUUUUGGUUGAUGAUCAUAUGUAAGUU